CUUUACUUGUGUUCAAUAUGCAACUCUUCCAUCUUUAUCUUGUCUCUUUUAUCGGCUUGGCCUCUGCUUUGCCUUCAUUUGAAAAGCGUGCAGAUCAGACUAUUAUCAAGGUAGUCAACAACUGUGGCAAGACGCUUCAAGUAGGUCAUUUGAAUCCUGCUGAUACUUCUGGCACCCCUGAUUCUGUAGCUACUGGUGGUUCCAAGACAUACUCUUUCAGCAAGAACUUGGCUUCUCUUCGUUUCUGGGCACGUGUAGAUUGUCAGGGCGGCUCUGACUGUCAAACUGCAGGUGCUGCUUUUCCUGCUUCUUUGGCUGAAUUUACAUUUAACGGUGCUAAUGGUAAAGACUUUUAUGACUUGUCUUUUGUGGACGGCUACAACUUGCCUCUUAGCGUCACACCUACUAACCCUGCACCCAGCAAUGGAGAAGGUGGCAAGUAUUGGUGUGGUACACCUGCUUGUAAGAAUUUGCCUGCUUGUCCUUCUGGAUUCACAAAGAGCUUAAAUGGCAAGAACAGUGGUUGUGUUAGUGCUUGCUCAAAGUUUAACACUGAAGAAUACUGUUGUACUGGCUCUCACAACACGUCUGCUACCUGCCCUAUCAACAGUUAUGCUGCAAAGAUCAAACAAGCUUGUCCUGAUGUCUAUUCUUACGCUUACGAUGAUAAAGCCAGUCUUUAUCAAUGUAAAUCUUCGUCAUACACCAUUACUUGGUGUCCCAAGUAAAAUAUAUGUAUAUUUAUUACAAUAAAAUUUAUUAUAUUGCUUUAUGACUGCAG